AUUCCGAUACCGUGGCCGGGCAGCACCAACGCGACGUGCGUCGUCGUGGUUGUUGAUGUUGGACAAAUAGUGUGUUCAUUCAACCCCGCAUGUGAACGAUCGUGCCCGUGUACGUGCGUGCGUGUGAUUGUGAUUGUGAUUAAAGUACAAACAAAUCCGAUCAAUAAAUGCCAAGGAGCGCGAUGAUCGGAUCGAAGCCAUUGCCCGCGAUGAACAUGAGUGUGAGAAAUCGUGUAAUGAUGCUGUUGCCACUGCUGCUGUUACUGCUGUUGAGUUCGCUGUCGUGCCUGGCCGCUGGCCAGGAACAAGUGAAAACCCCGGCCCAGGAUGGGAUCUUGGAUCGGAUCGCCACCGUUCUACCGACGCUGCCAGCCAACAACUGUCGCCGGGAUGUUGCGCGAACCGUCGAGGCGGCACGUGCCCGCACCGAUUGGGCAAUGGCCAUGUUUGACGCCUCGGCGAAGUUCCCUGUGGCGGUCGAGUAUGGCUCCGUGUAUCAGCUGGGCAGCUACGACGAGUGUCUCGCCAGCCCCGACGACGCUGCUGAGUCAUCCCCCGUUACGGCUCAGUACUGUUUGACGCACGUUCAGCUUCCCGGCUACCGUGUGCGAUCAAUAGCAACACGUCAUCAAUCUUCACCCGCCAACGGAACGACCCUGGUGCACUGGGGUCUGUGCGUGCCAGCAACCUGCACCGCCACCGACAUCCAGCAACUGUUGCAGAAGAGUACCGGCUACGAUGUCAUCUCAUCGCCCCGAAGCACUUGCCAGACAACGAUAAUCGAGCAGCCCUACAGUACCGGCCAGGUAGUGUGUGCGUUUGUACUGCUCCUGUUCGUGGCGAUGGUCACGUUCAGCACGUGCUACAACUACGGCAGCUUCACGGCCGGUCCGAAUGCAGAGAAACCACCAUCGACCGUCAUCACCAUCAUGCGGACCUUCUCGGUGUUCGAGAACCUGCGGAAGUUGGUGCAGGGUUCCAAGGACGAUCAUGGGCUGGGCUGUAUCAACGGCAUCAAAGCCUGCUCCAUGAUCUUCAUUCUCGGUGGACACGCGUUACUGUUUAUGGCCGGUGGUCCACUGCUCAACACCGGUUUCUUCCACGAGCAGCAACGGCAGGUUCAGAAUGCGAUCUUCCUCAAUUCACCCCUGCUCGUCGACACCUUCCUGCUGCUGAGUGGUUUUCUCUUCGCCCGGUUGCUGCUCAUCGAACUCGAUAAACGCAAGGGUGCCAUCAACUUUGGAAUGCUCUACCUGUUCCGCUACAUACGACUUACUCCAGCCUAUCUUGCCAUUAUCACCAUCUACGCAACGUGGCUGCCCCGGUUAGGGGAUGGUCCGCUAUGGCCGGCACGCAUGGCGUUGGAGCAGCAACGCUGCCAGGAUAGUUGGUGGCGCAAUCUACUCUACAUCAACAACUAUGUCGGUACGGACAGUAUGUGUAUGUUUCAGUCCUGGUAUCUUGCCGCCGAUACGCAGCUCUUCAUCCUGGCUCCGCUCAUACUCUACCCGAUGUGGCGGUAUGGACAACGCAUUGCCCUAUGGCUCAUCGGGAGUCUCAUUGGCGUCUCCAUCGUGAUUCCGUUCUGCGUAACCUACUUUAGUCAGCUCGAUCCAACUUUCAUGAUCUUCGCGGAUGAAGUCCAAGACCUUCAACGGAACCAUUACUUUGCCAACGUCUAUGGCAGUACGCACAUGCGUGCCACGGCUUAUCUGUUCGGUCUGCUGGUCGGCUACCUAGUGCACUGGAUGCAGCUCAAUAACAUUCAUAUUAAGCGAAGGAGGCUGGCGCUUUACUGGAUCAUCUCCACCAUCUGCGGCUGCAGUGCCAUGCUGUCGGUGACAGCGUUCUACAAUGGGCUCGGGACGGAGAACUAUCUCUACAACGCACUGUACGCCGCUCUCCAUCGGUUCGGUUGGAGCCUUUCCAAUGGAUGGUUGGUGCUAGCGUGCGUCACCGGACAUGGCCGGAUGUUGAAGCGGUUCCUUUGUUGGCGUGCCUUCGUACCGAUCAGCCGGCUUACCUACUGUGCGUACCUCGUGAAUGGACUCGUGGAGCUGUACCUAGCUGCAGCACGCCGCACACCACUCUAUGCCAGCAUUGCCUCACUGACUGCUGAGGCACUGUCUCACAUUAUACUCACCUUCCUGUUGGCGCUUGUGCUCUGUCUAAUGUUUGAAUCACCGAUCCACGGGCUGGAGAAGAUUCUUUUGCGCCGCUUUCGACCUGCCAGUAGACGUGAGAGCGACAGCAGCAGCACCAACAACACACAGAGCACCACCGGGGAGGCGUAGGGCUUCGUUUGGACACCUGUACGGUUCCAAGUCCAUGCUGUACAUAAGUAUUUUAGCAUUCAGUUUCGUGUAAGGGAUUAUGAGAAUAAAGCAUUGUUUUAUGUA